CGUCAGCACUUACGGUUGAUUCGUGGUCAGUGUUGUUUGGAUUUUUUUUCGAUUUUUAUUUAAACGGAUAGCGUGAUAGUCCGACGACAUUCCUUUAGAUAAAAUAUACAAAAAUAUAAAAUAAGUCAUGUUCAAAUCUGUACUUAUUGUCUCGUGCCUUUUCGUGGCUGCUGUAUACAGUCAGGAUCUGAAAGUUGAUGUUGUCAGCGUUCCCGAAGUUUGUGAACAAAAAUCCAAAAAUGGUGAUACGCUCACCAUGCACUAUACCGGCACAUUGACUGAUGGCAAAAAAUUCGAUUCUAGUUUGGAUCGUGACCAACCAUUUACCUUCCAAUUGGGUGCUGGACAAGUGAUUAAAGGCUGGGAUCAAGGUCUAGUCGAUAUGUGUGUUGGUGAAAAACGUAAACUUACCAUUCCUCCAGAGUUGGGCUACGGCGAUCGUGGUGCUGGCAAUGUCAUCCCACCCAAGGCUACUUUGCACUUCGAUGUUGAGCUCAUCAACAUUGGCAACAGCCCCCCAACCACAAAUGUCUUCAAGGAGAUCGAUGAUAACGGCGAUAAGCAAUUGAGUCGCGAAGAGGUAAACCUUUAUGUCAGUGAAUAUCUGAAGAAACAAAUGACUGCCGUGGAGGGCCAAGAUUCGGAUGAGUUGAAGAACAUGUUGAAGGAAAAUGAUAAGUUGGUAGAGGAAAUCUUCCAACAUGAAGAUAAGGACAAGAAUGGAUUCAUUUCCCAUGAUGAGUUCUCGGGACCCAAACAUGAUGAGCUGUAAGAUUAGCCAACACAAAGAAUCAAAGCUGCUCUCUUUCUUCCUUGGGUCUUCCGCAGCAUGAAGUCCAAUUAAAUCCACCUGUAUGGAAACUUAAAAAUUCACAUCAUUUGACCCCCAUAUGGUUGAUUCUAAAACAUUAUUUAACAUUGUAAUCUAAAUUGUUUCAUGUAUACAUACAUAACUACUCUCAUUGUUGGAGUUGAAGGGUAUUUUUUUUUUUAAAUUCUCAAAUUUUUUAUUUCAAUAUUUUUAUUAUUGUUUCAACAAAAUUUCCCCUUUCAAUUAGCAAUUCUUGUUUUCUAAUAUGUAAUAUAUACAUACAUACGGCAGACAUACACACCCAUUACCCGAAAUAUAUAAUAUGUAAGUUCAUCAUCCACAUACAUACAUAGCUCCUUUUUUAAGUUGUUAAGUUUAGCUUAAACCGAAAACUGGCUUAAGAAAUGCAUUUGGCAUUGAGACCUUACACAAUGGGAAAUUUCAUUUUAAUGAUAAUGAAAAUAUGAACGAAGAAUUAGAAUUGGGUACUUACUUUAUUUGGUAUGUACAUGUGGGCGUUAUAAAAUUAAGUGAAAUUUUUUUAAAAAUUUUUGUAUUGUAAAAAAACCAACAACAAUUGUUCACAAUCAUUUUUUGUAAGUAAAUAAAGUAAUUUAUUAAAUGAGUAACCAA